GUUCUUGUUCACGAAUACAUAAGAGAUAUUUUAAAAAAAUCAAUAGUACCAUUGCUUUUCAAAUAACAAAAAAAAUGUCAAUAUUUUUGGUAAAAAGAAUAAUAUUUGAUUUCACAAUAAUUUAUGAAUUAGUCGCAAAAUUGGACGUGAACACAGAUUUAUAAAAACUAUUUGUAACAUUUCGUAGCACUUAUUUUCAUGAACCAAUCGCUAUAUUAAGUGUGUAAUGUUGGUCAUGCUGUGAUUUGUGUAGUUUUCUUUUUUCUACUGUGGGCCAAAUGUGGGUUUGUUUAAACAACAUGCCACAGCGCUCCAAGUGAAAUAGUUUGAUUAGCUUGUGAGAGUCUGUACGAGUGUUCAAUCGUGUCUGAAAAGGAAUACAAACGUUGGUACUGUUUUACUUUCAGUGCUGUGUUCUGUUACUGUCUUUGGGGACAAGAAGCAAAUAUUAUUUGAAAUAGAAAUACCUUAUAUCAUGACAACUCCCACUGGUAUACCUGAUAAACUUUGGCAGCCGUCCUAUACAGUGUUAGAAACGACAAUGGGAGAAAUAGUCAUUGAACUGUAUUGGAAGCAUGCUGCAAAAACAUGUAGGAACUUUGCAGAGUUGGCAAGACGUGGAUAUUAUAAUGGCACAAAGUUUCAUAGAAUAAUAAGAGAUUUUAUGAUCCAAGGUGGUGAUCCUACAGGUACAGGGAAGGGUGGAGCCUCCAUUUAUGGCAGAAAUUUUGAUGAUGAAAUUCAUGAAGAACUAAAACAUACAGGUGCUGGAAUUCUUUCAAUGGCAAAUUCAGGCCCCAACACAAAUGGUUCCCAGUUCUUUAUUACUCUUGCGCCCACUCAGUGGUUGGAUGGGAAACAUACGAUAUUUGGACGAGUUCAUUCAGGAAUGAAUGUUGUCAAAAGAAUUGGCUUGGUAGAAACUGAUAAAAAUGACCGACCAGUAGAUGAUGUGAAAAUCAUCAGAGGAUUUGUGAGAUCACAUUAAUUUUUUAAAAUUUGUUUGUAAAUAUUUUUUUAUAUUUAAUGUACUGUAAUUUCAUCAGAGGAAGGAUGAGUGAAAUAGGAUUUCUAUCUAAAUUCUGUCAUUAGGGAAUUAAUGGAAAGUGAGGGUCGAAGAAACACCACUUUUUGUAACAAUUGUACUGAAAUUUUAUAAUUUUUUUUUUUAAACAGAAUUGAACAAGUGUUCUUAAAAGUGUGAAAUUAUAUCAUGGCUAUGACUUGUCAGUGAAAAGCUUUUUAUUAUUUACAAAGAUUGUUUUGGUGAACUCCUAAUCAUAUGUUAAGUCCUUGCAAAUUUAACAAAUACCUCCCCAACAUGUUCCUAUUCCCUUUUCACUUCAUGAGGAAAUGAAUAAAAUUGCUUUGAAAACAGGCUUUUUCAUGAUUGUUGAAUUAAUACAGUCUCUCAGGAUAAUACAGUGUGACUAUUGAAGAAUUCUGUGUAGUCUAAAGUACAGUAGUGAUAAAUUGCAUUGUUCCUUGACUAGACAAAUCGAUUAGCACUAUUUUUUGCUGGAUUCUUUGGAAUCUUUUGGUAGAAUUCUUGAAGAAAUGUGUUUUUGUUUGUUUUGAGGCCAUUAGAGGUGAAUUGCAGUAAAUUACCUUUCUGGCGUGGCACACAUCGUUAGGAAUUGAUUCAUCGGCUUUCUUGAGAUAGUCAAUUAUUAUACCUAGUUUAAAAAGUAUUUCAAUUAUUACUUUUUCAUGUAAGUUCUUGAGGAUGGAUGAGCCAGAUGACUCUUAGGUUUAACAUUUCUUUUUAUUAUGAUCUUGGGGUAAAAAAUAAUUACAUAUUAAUGUGAAAAUACUGGCCACAGGUUCUGCACAGUGUUAUAUGAGCUGUGUUCAACAUUAGUGUUAUUACAAGAAUGAAUUGCUAAAUAUACAUUUAACUGAAAUUAUAGUUAUCUGGAGGGUGAUUUUUGGAUGAGCUUAUCUUGUGUUCUCAUGUUUAUGAAACAUCCAAAAUAAUCAAAAAUGAUAAUUUGGCACACAAUAACAUUAAUUUCUUUAAUUUUACACAAUCGACAGUGCUUUUGAAUUCAUUAAGAAAAUGAAAACAACUCUAACCCUACUCAAAGAUAUUUCAGCUUUUCAAUUAUGUGAAUUCAUACUGUUUAUGCAUCAUAGCUUUAUAUACAAACAUCUAGAGUAUUACUAAAAAAAUCUUGAAUACAAUUCAAAAUUUCAUCAUUAGAAACAAAUAAAGUAAAGUAGACUCUCUAGUAUGCCUCGUGCAGUAAAGCUAGAUGGUACACGAGUUUUCCUGAAAUAUUGACAUGUGUGAUAGAGGAUGAGGAUACACCCCAAGCACAGAUGUUAGACUGGUUAAAGAAUUGAAGAAAGUGUAGGGGUAGUCAUACAUGCCCAUAAACAGAUCCCAACUUGCAAAACAAUGUUUCCGGUACAAAUGAGGGACUUAAAAUAAUAAUGGUAGAUCCCAACGGAAGGUGGGGCUGUUUCGAGAGAAAUGACUUUUUUUGUUUUCAUUCACCUUAGACAAAUUUUUGAAGGUGGAAUUUGACAGUUUUGCAUAUUCCAAUUUAUUUGAUAUUUCAGCAUAUGAUAGGAGUUUACCAUCAUACAUCUAACUGGAAAUGCGAAGUAUAUUCUUUUAUUAUCCUGAGCCUCUCAAUGCAAUGCAGUAAUCUUGGACAGCCCAUCACAAACUGCAUAUUUUUUACUUUUAUUAACUUGACACUGGCUAGAUCUGUGAUUGAUUUUAAUAAAUUGUUAUGUUUCUUAUUUAAAGUCUAGUAAAUUAACACAUUUGAAUCAGAUAAUAACUGGGGAAUGGCUUAACAGGAAAAUACAAAACGUAUCCAGGUUUUCACGAAGAAUGUUCGAUCAUACAUUUAACAAUUAGCAAUACAUCUCAAUUAUCACAUUUACAAUGAAAAUUAAAAGUAGUUUUCAAUAAGAAUGUGCAUAAUUUGCAUUCAAACAAAUCAUGUUUAAUAGCUUCAUGUUUAAAUUGGAUGUUUUCUGGAUGUUGGAUGUUUUUGGGCAUGUACGAAGUGAGUAUACUUUCUGUCUAUAAGAGAAAAUAUUUUGCAUUUCCGCUGAAAUCCAGUCCAAAAUAAUAUACAAUGUGAUUAACUUUUAUUUUAUUUAUAUUAUUGUCCUUUAUCAUUUACCCUUUUGCAAUUAUUAUUAUUAUUAUUAUCAUUUAGGUUGUCCCAGUUGUUUUU